AUGGAGACAAACGGCCAGGCUAAUGGGCUAAAAUCCAGAAAGAAAGAAAAUGGUGAUGGAAAGGAUAACUUAUGGUCUGCGAUUUUAGAGGAAGUUCAAAAUCAGGGUAACACCAAAUUACCGUCAAAUAAGAACGUGUUAGUUUUGGGCGACAAUGAAACUGGAAAAACUACACUUAUAGCCAAAUUGCAAGGAGUUGAAGAUCCCAAGAAGGGAUCAGCGCUCGAAUAUGCAUAUAUAGAUGUUAGAGAUGAAUAUCGCGAUGAUCACACAAGACUCAGUGUGUGGGUGCUGGAUGGUGAUCCAGGACAUACAAAUUUGCUCAAGUUUGCUCUCAAUGAAGAAACAUUCCCACAUACCCUAGUGAUAUUCACGGUGGCCAUGACCACACCUUGGGGUAUAUUAGAUCAACUGCAAAGCUGGGCAUCAGCACUUGGUGACCACAUAGACAAAUUAAACUUCACUGCAGAACAAAGGUUGGAGAGCAAGAAGGCACAGACGCAGAAGUGGCUGCGGUACACGGAGCCGGGCGACGAGCUGGAGCCGGCCACGUCGCCCAUGAAGCGCUCCUCCAGGAACCUGGCCGAUGAGCUCGCUCACGACGACGACGAUGAUGCACCGCUACCAGAAGCCGUGCUCACCACCAACCUCGGCCUCGACAUUGUGGUCGUUGUAACUAAGACUGACUACAUGAGCACACUGGAGAAGGAACACGAUUACCGCGACGAGCACUUCGACUUCAUGCAGCAGUGGAUCCGACGCUUUUGCCUACAAUACGGCGCGGCGCUGUUCUACACCAGCGCGAAGGAGGACAAGAACUGCGACCUGCUGUACAAAUACCUCACGCACCGGAUAUACGGGCUGCCCUUCAGGACACCCGCACUCAUUGUGGAGAAGGACGCCGUGCUCAUACCUGCGGGGUGGGAUAGUAUGAAAAAGAUCAGUAUAUUGUAUGAGAACAUGCAGUCGUGUAAGCCCGACGAUUACUACAGAGAUGUCAUCGUACAGCCGGCCACGAGAAAAAGCGGCGGGCUGCGCGAGGCGGAGGUGUGCGCGGAGGACGAGCAGGCGUUCCUGCAGCGGCAGCUGGCCGCGCUGCAGGCCGGCGCGCCCGCGCCGCGCGCCGAUUCACCCCUGCGUGCCGCGCAACGCACCGCCGCGCAGCUGGACGGCACAAAGAUCAGCAUGGGCGGCGGGUCGCCCGGCAAUGAGGGCGUGCUGGCGAGCUUCUUCAACUCGCUUCUGUACAAGAAGACGGGCUCGCCAGGCGCGCGCGCCGCCGACGCGUCGCCCGCCGCCGCCGCCGCGCGCUCCGACGCGGCCGCCGAGCUCGACCGCCUCACGCGCGCCAAGCGCCUUGCGUCCGACUGCUAG